GUUUUCACGGACGAUGUUCUCUUGACCCGUUCAGUAUAAAAGCUUGAGCAUCCUCUUUUUGGCCCCAACCUCAGAAAAAUCAACCCAGACAUCGCUCACAGACGCAGUCUCUCCUCGUGUAUACCGCACAGUAUCUUCUUUCUUGUUCUCUGAGUCUGAACGAACGCACAACUGCGGAAAUAAAGCCAACAUGUCCACCACCGCGCUCCCAACGCCCGUGCGUGUUGUCGUUCCCCGAGGUACAGUCCGAUCCUCUUCCGCCGCGCCUCACCGCAGGAGGAGCAAAGACGCAACAACCGGCACACCCGUCGUCGAUGUGGUUGAAGAGGAUCUGGAUAUCUUCGGGAAAUCGAUCGAAGACAAUGUGGAGAAUGUUUUGUGGUUCGGUCCGGCGAACGCAGCGCUGAAAACUGUCGGCUUGGUCGCGUCUUUGGAUGACGAUGUUGGCGCGAGUGUUGUGGGUGUUUCCUCAUCGUUGUCCAGCAGCAGCAAGUGCUUUGUAUUGCAGAAGCUCGCUCACGCUGUGGAUUCGAAACUGCGGAAAAUUGUUGAACGACAUCCAACUUUUAUCGCGAGUGAUAAGAAGACUGAUGGCGGGGGACCACCAGGCCGCAGCUACAGCUUUUCUGUCAGUUGUGUUUCCGUUCCGAACCAAACAAGUGCCACUACCGCCCCUUCUGUCGACAACCAGCCUCAGAUCCUCUGUCCCAAAACAGCCUACGACAGUAAGGCGGAGCUGUGGGAGGAAAUCAUCCGAGAAAGAUGCCUUGCCAACCGUUGGCGCAUGGCACUGUCUGCUUGUGAUUCCCAAGCCGCUUCCAGUCUGCUCUUCACUUGGACCGUGGAGAGAAAGGCAGACGUGGUUGGAACUAGUACUGGAGUCGCGGGUGGCAGUUUGCAUCCGGCGCUGUCGUUCCUAAACAAUCCGUCGAAUUCCAAGAAUUCGUCCGAGGAGUUCCUGUUCAUGGUGCAGCUAUUACUCCUGCCGACCAUGGCAGCCCAAAGUGGCAUCUACGACACCUUUCUCAAACAGGUCGCCGUUUCCAACAUUCACCGGCAGCUGACGACGAAGGACACACCGAAAAGACAAAUAACGGCUCCAGGAACUACUACAGAAUUCCCAUCCAUCUCCAUCGAACAGCUCCUGCAGUGCUUUUUUGCCUGCUCGACCUUUCGCGCAACCGUUUUGCUGUUCGGUGAGGGAAGAGAAAACGGGAAUGUCGUGAACGCGUUGGAGAUCGCGAUUGGAGAAAUGCGAGCAAAUUUAUCCAGGAAAAACACCCAUCCCCAUCCAAUUUGUCAUGCAAAACAUGCAUAAAAUCCACUUCCACUGUUUGCCAUGCCAAAAAUGGAUGGGGAUGAGGGUGUUCUCCUGGAUAAAAUUUCGCAGCAUUGUCAGCUGAAAGUCUCGACCACAACACAAUCAAGGACCACAAAAGUGUUGAUAAGAUUCUCCAAUCCGUCGGACGAGUCGUGCCAGAAUACAUGAGUUCUCUGAGCAAGAGGGUGACCACGGAAAAAAGUUCAACCGCGGCAGGGGCAGGAAGCGGCAGUAUCAAAGCGGAGAAGCGGGUUUCUUUCGAUGGCGCAGCAGCGGAACAGGCGGGGAGCUCGGGAGGUCUGCCGGGAGGAGGAGGUGGCUUGUUAGGCGGAACAUCGAGCGACAAGACUGCGACUGGUGUUCCAAAGAUCAUAAAGAGCAACGAAAAUAAGGACUCAACCACUUCUGUGCCUUUGUUCUAUUUGCUCGGUCGACAUCUGGAUCCCGUGUUAGAUCAGGCGUUUUGUUUUGGUUUCCAGGAAAACACUGUGGCUCCUGAUCAGAUGAAAGUUGAAUUUUCUGUCCGAGAGCCACUCUGCACGAUUUCAUCUACAUCUGCCGCGGCCUCAGCAUCAAACUCCACGGCAACAUCUUCAUCCGCAGAGCGGAGCCAGGUUCUGAUAGCGCCUGGCGAAGACGCCGCGCAGUCAACGAUGAUCACAGUUUACCCAUUCGCUUCGUCUUCGAAUAAAUCCGCUGACGCUACCGGUGUCGGUGCAAAGGUAACACUUCAACUGAGCUUACCUGCUCCUGCAGCUUCUUCAAAAGCAGAUCACACCGGCGCCGAACAACCAGCAGCCAAGCCGAAUGUGAUCUUGACAAAACCUCCUCCAGGAAACAAGUCCUCAUCUUCUCUGAAGCUCCGGAUUAACGGAGUUUUGCUUCGAGACGAGAGCUAUGCAUUGCAAAACUAUCGUACUAGUAUAAAUUGCAUUACAAAUUUUCCCAAGAAGAAAAAUGCAAUUUGUCAUGCUAUUUCAGGUAGAAAGUUGGAUUUGUCAUGCAUAUCUGCAAUUAGUACGAGUGCGAUACUUUUGCACAGGAUAAGAGUUGUGCGCUCCAACCAGGCGAUCUUAUUUCGCUGAACGACGUCGGCCCGGUAUUACAACUCGUAUCCGGGGAGAAUAAGAAACCUGACUUUCCGCAGCCGCUCCCCUCCGCAAACGAAAUCCAGACUUUGGCUGCGAUGAACCUGCGGGAAAGCAGCUCCUCGGCGGAUGGAGGCUCCGCCGGCGGAGACAGAACGCCGAUCAAGGAUCCGUACUUCUCCAGUGCGUAUUUCAACGACACAUCACCCACCGCGGUGCGAAAGUCUGGUAGUGUGAGUCCGACGAGAAAUAGGAGUGUGGGAUUGGGAUUUGCACAAGACGAUCCUGUACAGCACCAGCGCGAACGAACGCCCGCAGAUCAAGCACCGCCUCGAUUGCGAUCUUCACAAGGUGGAAACGCAACCUCAUCUGCAGGAGCCACGUCGUCCUCUCCUGUCUACGAGAAGAUUUUAUCCGAAGCAUUUGGAAUCAGUCGCGAUCCGCUGGCGACGGAGGGGAAUCUUUUGUUGCAGGAAUUCAACUUGUUAGACGUCGGGAGAGGAGGUUGCUUCGAGAAAAUCUUCGUAGCAUCUGCAUCUGAGCAAAGCAGCACAGCAGGUUAUAGUAGAGGGACAAGUAAAAGUAGAGGAAGUGGUGCUCGGAAGCAGGUGCUCUACUCGUAUCGCUCCGAGUACUUUGACUCGGAGAAGAUGCUGAAAAACUACUUGCCGAAUCUGCGGUAUUUGUACGCCGCGACAACAGGGGUCAACCCAUCUUCUGCAAGUGCAGCUUCGUCAGCGGCACAGGAACAAGCUGGUGCUCCUACAAAAAUUGCAGGAGCAGGAGCAGUAACAUCCACAACCACGACCAGCACCAGAGCGUCGCGCCUCGCAGACUUGAUUCGCCAAGAGCCAUGGCGAGACCCGUGCAAAAGUUCUUGGAGUUCAUUGGAUUUGGAGUUGUUCCUUGCCGGAUGUUUGUUAAAAGGCGGAGGAAACAGCAGUAGCACGGCGACUGGAGGUGGUGUAGUAUCAAGCGCUGCAGGUGAUGGCACGGCAGUGCGGGAACAAGAACCAAGCGACGCACGGGCAGUAGCCGCGACGGCCGCGGCCUCUGUGCCUGCUGUUUCAUCGCACAUUGCGGCUUCGUCCUUUCUGCAAGGCCGGCAGUUUGCAGAAGAGCGCGCAACGGUUUUCGGUCCGGGAAUUUCCGCAUCCUCUUCUGCGGCCGUGGUGGACCAGGAAACGCAGACAAGCGACGAAUUGAGUCCGAGACGAAAGAGCUUGUCCGAACGGAACGGAGGAAGUACAGGGAUUGAGGGUGGGAGUGGAACGGGUGCAAAUGGGCCAGAUUCUGCUGAUCAUGCCGAUCUUGCACAUAAGAGCAUCGCGAAAGAAGACUUUCUGAAAAUGCAAACUGAUAUAAAGAAGGUCGCAUUGGAAAAGAACUUCGAUUCCGCGCUGAGUCUGCAACUAGAACAAAUCCACAAAAUGAAAGAUCGCUUGAGCCAAAAUCAUCCGAUGAUGCACAGCACGAGAAAAUGAAAACAACACCAGUGAAAGUUGAUGAGCUGA